AUGAACGGAAACGAUGAUGAUUAUGUUGAAGCGGAAAAAAAAAUGGGAAAACGUGGAUUUUCUAAAAUUGACGUCGUCGAUAUAAUAUUAUCAGAAGAAGGACAACAAACUCUAACGAAAUCGAAUAAUGCACUUUUCAUGGCUCCUACCUAUCGUAUGGAACCGAAAAAAAAAUUCGAUGUCGAUGUCGUUUAUCAAUUACUUAAAGAAUUUAUGGAUAAACAUUGCAGCGAAUUUUCCUAUAACGAAAAAGAAUGUCAAAAUGCAUGUAAAAGAAUAUCGUAUUAUAUAAGAAGAGCUGUUAAACAAUUAUCAUUCGAUAGGUAUCGUUUUAUAUGUCAAGUACGAAUAAUUGAAAAACAAAAUCAAGGUAUAGAAACUCAAAUUGGAUUUUUAUGGUGUGAAAAUUUUGACGGUUAUGCAUGUUAUACGGUGGAUACAUACAGUUUCAUGGCUCAAGCUGUUGUUUUUGGCAUUUAUAAAGAAUGA